AAGAAUUAUCAUUAAACAGUUGUUAACAUACCUGUGAUAUUUACACGUUGAAAUAAAACGCAUUCAAUAGAACGUAUUAUAUUUUAACUGAUAUAGCCAUUUUCUGAAUACGGCACACUUGCAUAGGUUAUAACGGAAUCAUAUCGUUUCUAUUGUAUGGAGUAAAUUUUACUGAAUUACAAUAAUGUUGUAAAUAAGCUAAUAUUAUACAGCACAUUUUUUUCAACGGACAAAUUAAACAAAAUCGUUAUGAUUGAAGACAUCGGCCAACAAGAGGGGUCACAAUAAUCAUUGAAAGCCAAUCUAAAGAUUGCGAGUUUCCUAUAGAUAGGACAAAUGACUAUGCUCAAUGACAACCAGUCUUAAGGUUUUGAGUAUUUGAUUGACAAGGAAUGUGCCUAAACUUCCUGACCACAAGUCUAAAGGUUGCGAGUGUUCAAUUUACCAGGGCGUUUACUAUAAUCCCUGACAACUAAUCUGUAGGCUGUGAGUGUUCAAUUGACGGCGGAGGUGACUUUACUCACUGACGAUCAGUCCAAAGGCUUUGAGAAUUCGAUUGACGGGGGAGGUGACUAUACUCCCUCACAACCAGUCUUUCUUACAACCAGUAUUAAUGUUGUGAGUGUUCGCUUGACAGUGGAGGUGAUUGUAUUCCCUAAAGUUGUGAGGAUGGUGAAAGUUUUAUCUGACUGCCAGCUUAAAGGUUGUGAGAGUUCGAUUGACGAUGGAGUGGAAUGGAAUGUUCAAUCUGACUUGAAUUGAUAAACAUUUACCGCUUUGAAAGUGUCAUUUUAUACUUCUUUCAUUAAUUUAAAAAAUCAGCAGAAGUGUCAAAGGCAGCUGUAGAAGACAAUGCUAGUUCCCUCAAAGACAGCAAAGACAUCAGAGCACAUCAGCUUAUGAAGCAAUAAAGAUGGAAACAUUUGGAGAUGAUUUUGACGUUGAUAUUGAAGCCGACUUCAUUGGGAGAGAGGCCGACUUGAAGAAACUAUAUAUAGCUUGGGGCGAACACAGAGCAUUUGGAAUAUUCGGACUAAGAUCAGUAGGCAAGUCAAGAUUAAUGAAAGAGUUCUUAACUCGCUAUAAAUCAAGGGAAGACGUUAUUGUAAAUGUGGAUGUGAAACCACUCUCGAAUAUCAGUUCAUUAUAUUCCCACAUAUGCAUAAAACUUGGUAUUGAAACAGAGGCAACAGCACAUGAGUCUGACAGAUGGAUACAUCACAUUGUUAAAGACCUUGUAAAAAGGUCAGAUGAAAGUUUCAUCCUUGUAUUUGACAAUACCGAAGAUUACAUUGAGUUUAAAGGUACAGCUACCCGAGACUCCUUUCUGUCACUUUGUGCACAUGUCAUCAAAAGGUGUUCAAAUGUCAAGAUCAUUCUUACAUCAACAACAAGAGUUCAGUUUGCACAACUGGGAAACGCUUACUUUAGCUGCAAGGUUUUGCCUUUAAAACGAUCAGAAACCAGGCGAUUGUUAAGGUCAGUGACUUUGGGAACAGAUCUUGGAGACUAUGAAGAUUCUAUUGUAACGCUAAGUGAGGGCUUGCCGCUGUUAACACUGAUGAUAGGUUCUGAACUGACGGAAAAUGACGGAAUGCUUACACCUGAGGAUACUGUGGAAUGCCUACUAACAAGCCGGCUCAAAACUCUGAGUAGAGAAUUUUAUCCAAAGGAGGAUAGAGUCGCUGAUGUGUACAAGGACUUCAUAGAUCGACUGGCUGAAGUGUACAGAGAAAAACUCACCGUACUGGAGUAUAUUCCAGGAACAUUUAAUGUAGACCAAGUUAAACAACUUCUUGAUGCUGAAACAGAGGCAAUAGUAAAACAUGACACACUAAAACCAAUUCUUGGGCGGCAUUUUCUGAAUUACGAUCCCAAAACACAACGAUUCAAUAUACAAGGGAUAUUAAGAGAAUGUCUCCAAUCGUACUACACCAUCAAAAAUCUACCAGAAGUCAGAGUUAGAUACUGCAAGAUCUUCACGGCCGUAAUGAUGAACAUAUCUAAACGCCUCGGCACUACACAGUACACAGAGGCAAUGGCGGAAUUCACAGUGGAACACCCAAACUUGCAGAAACUAUUGACAGAUGUGAAACAUACCAGACAAGACACCUAUCACUUCUUCAUAAAGAUUGCAACUGAUUGCACGGUAUUAAUUGAUCAGUUUAUGGCAGGUGAUGGUGAAGACUUUUAUCAAGGUUGUAUGAGGAUUGCAAACAUGUACGGUAAAGACAGAGAUAGAGCAAACGUUCAUAUUGCUGUAGGCAGUCUUUACACGAAUAUAAAGGGACAUUUGGUACGAGGGGCAGAUAAUUACGACUCAGCCAUAGCUGUUUUGGAGAAAUAUGGCAAGUCUCAGCAGCUAGCGACAGCAUAUCAACGAAAGGGCUGGAAUUUACACUCCCAAGGCAAAAACUUAGAGGCAGUAAAGUUUUUGAAGAAAGCUUUUGGUUUGUCAGUUUCCUCUGGGAAAGAAUACCAGUCAAUACUUCUGCAAUCUCUGAACUAUCUAGGUGUUACCAACACCGUCUUAGGACGUUUCGACGAAGCGAAAAAGUAUCAUUUUGAAAGUCUAAAACGACGAAAGGAAAUCCAAGGAGAAGAUCACCCCUUUGUUGGAGCCUGUUUAAACAAUAUAGGCAUUAUGUAUUACCAGAAAGGAGACUCACAUAAAGCCCUCAAAUUUUACGAAGAAGGCCUCGAGAUAAAGAGGAAGUCUGCAACACCUAUGAUAUCACUUGUAAAUUCCUUGAGUAACACAGCUAAUAUGUACAGUGAAACAGGAAACUCUAAGAAAGCCCACAUACUUCUAGAUGAGGCAAUGGAACUACUGAACAAGGAAAAAGUUCCAUCUAGACAUGCUACGUCUUUGAUAUAUGAUACAAAAGGCAAAGUGUUUAGGCGUGAAGGUGCCUUCAAGUUUGCUGAGGAUAUGUUCCAAAAGGCUACAGAUGUAAGGAAAGAAAUAUCCGAAGUAAAUAUACCUUACUUGGAAAGUUUGGUACACUUAGCUAAUAUAAAUAAACGUCAAGGAAAUUAUAUUUCUUGUAUAAAGGUUUCCAACAAGGCUCUUACGAUAAAGGAAAAUGCUGAAAUUGCAAUGCCACAACACCCAUUUAUCAAAGAGUGUUUAGAAUGCUUAGCGGAAGUCUACAGGAAAACAGAUGAUAAAGACAAUUACAAGAAAACACUUGAACAACUUGAAUCAGAACUUAUUCGUCUCGAAAAAGUUCACCUUGAUCACGGGAAUGAAAGAGACCUACUAAAAGUCAGAACUCGAAUGCAUAACAUUAAAGCUGAACUCGAAAUGGCUCCGUAACUUUAAUGAUUUAGGAACAUAAGAACAGAAUUUCAAAAAGUUAUGUCUUUUUACAGACAAAACAUUAUAGCUAUUGUUAAGGAUAAUCAAGUGUUUUCUGACCGCUUAAUAAUGAUUCACAUUUAAGUUAGUUCGAAUACGAUCUUUAACGGUUCAAAAUUAAAAUCUGGGCCAAAAAAGUGUACUUUUAGUGCAAACGUAAGACUCUAGUGCGAAGCAGUAAUCAUGACUACAUGGACUUAGAAAGAAACUGAAGGCAAACGGCCAUAUAUAGAAGAUACAGGAAUCAGUUGACAAUUGCAAUCAGAAUUCCUCUUCAUGUUUACAAAGAUAACAAGAAAGCAAAAUUGUGGCAAUUGUACUUGAAAUUGACACACAGUUUUGUAAGAAAAAGAGUUUGCCAACCAUUUUGAUGUAAAUAUUCUUAAGACACAAUCUAGCCUGUCAAUAAAAUCAAUAUAUACUGCAUAGAAAUAUCUGCAUUUUCUCUUGAUUAUAAAUCUGGAAAAAAUGAUAAUAGAUACCAGUUUUCACUGCAUAUUGUUAAUGUUUGCUGAGUGAAGCAAUCCCUAUUAAUAAAUAUAUAUUAUUUUAGACAACCUCACCACCAUUCAAAAUCCUCCGCGUUAUAAAUAGUCCCAAUCCUUGAAUAACACGUCCCGUUCGUGCCACAGGCACAUGCUUCUUUCGAUGUGUGGUUUUCUUCAUUGACAUCUAGAAGCCUCCCC